AAGUGAGCUGACGAGGUUCAUGGUGCACGGCCGAUAUAUCGGAGUGACGGAUGAGGUCCGAAACUUGCGCUAAACUGAAAUAGCAAUGGUUCUAGAACAGAUUGGCGUCCGAGGCGGUCGUCAAUGGACGAAAUGGCGGAAACAUGCGCGUCCUUUGUGAGCUGUCAUACAUCAUCUACAUCAUCUCCAGCGCAUACAUUGUGUACUUGGGGUGUAAGACGGCUUCACCAUGGCAACGACCAAGGGUCAAUCGAUCACGAUGGAUCUUGUAUCGGAUUCACACAGCCGCGUUUGGUGCGAUGACGUGCCGUUAUGCUUUCGCGUUGCUGAUAAAUCGGGCAAUAGCGUGAUUUGUCCUCCAGUCGUGGGGAAGUGCUAGGACGGUUCAGUAGUCAUU